UUACGCCGCACUGUAAUUUAAAGCACCAAUCCUCGCCGCUUCUGAUGACACUCUUAAUUGCAUUGAGGCGCACGCUUUCACUGAUUUGUCUAAAAAAACGGUAAUUGGGUCAUUUUAAGGAACCUGCCAGUUUCGCCCGCAGUCACAUUUUCCACCAUCGCUGGCAAAGCGUCCAACAAUGUCUGCGGCUUCCACAGCAGCAGCAGCAGCAGCGUCUGCGUGUGAGCGUGGAUCAUUCCCACCGGCUUCCAACAUCACCUUAAUUGAGGGUCAGAUUAUGGAGUCUACAGAUUUAAAACCUAAUUAGGAUUGCAAUGGCGCUGAGGUGUUGACAUAGCGCUAGCUGUCGUUGGGAAUAACCAGCGCCUUUCAGAGCCCUGAAUGAUGAAGUAACAUGGCAGCACACACCGAUGCCUUUUUCCCUCCUUGAAGGCCUGCCUCGGACCUGUGGGCCAGGCACGUCUCCUCACUUGAGGCACCAGAGGACAAGGUACCGUAGAUAUGUCAUUGAAAGCAUCGUCGCCAUGCCGGUUUAAUUGGACACAGCGAUGACAGGAAAUGAGGAUUUACAGCUAGAGUGGGGAAAAUAAGUAUUUGAUCCCCAGCUACAUGUUGUCUAAUUUGCAUAACCCGCCAAGAUUGUGAUUAUGAUUAAUAGAAUUGUCAAAAAAUAUAUUUAAAAAUGCAAAAGAACAUUGUUUUGUUGCUUAGGUUUUUUUUAUGUCCCAAACGAGUGUCGCCUGUGUGCUUUGAGAUGGGGGGGAAAGAAUCCAAACCCACAAGAACCGUACUUGGCAUCAGGAAGCAUCGGUGGACCCAAGGCAGUGCAGGUGUAAAGCAUCCUCUCCAGGGAAGGUCAAGGCAGGUAACAAAGUUGACUUCAGGUGAGAAGGAAAAGCCCACAUAGUCUGAGAAAAUAAACCCUGUGUGACCUCAAUUAGUGUGAUUACUCCACGGCACUCCUCGUGUUUGCACAGUCUUAGUAAAGGUCCACUCCCCCCAGUUAAAUGAAAAUAAACACAAAUAAACAAUAAUUACACGCAUCCCCGACUCCUCUCAUGGUCCUGCUGCUUAGUCACCUCCUUCCAAUCACCACUUUGGAUAAACCCCACAGGAACACGCAGCCGACGACCUCGGAACCUCUGACUCACGAGCGCAUGACGUACAGCUUUUAUAAAGGAAGUCAAUGAGAGGCUUGAUCCGACGGAAUCGGCAGCCGUCUGGCCGUAAACAUCCAGUCCACUGUUUUGGGAACUUUGUUUGGUUUGAUGCCAGUGGGAUAAAACCCCACUGUUUGGUAGCAGCUUGGAAUUAUGGAAAACUAACUGGGAUUCCUCCCGAAAACAUGCAAAGCCGUCUGCAAUGAUAACCACCCCAAUCCAAAGGCCACCUUUCAAGUGCUUGCAGAUUCAGUUCUUCCACAUUAUUUAUUAUUUAUUUUUACUUCAAUUUCUAUGCCCAACAAGACCAUAUAAAAAACAUUUUUUAUAAAACGUCAACCAAAUGCAAAUGUCAAAAAGAAACAGCACUUCCCCUUUUCCACACGUUAUGGCUCUAAAAUGACAGAUCAUUGUAAUUAUCUUAAUUGUCCACCCAAUGACACCAUUUCACCACAUCAUUUUCCACAUUUUGACAUGAAAAAGCAUUUAUAUUUGUUAUAAUAUUUUAUAGACAAUAUAUUUUAUUAUUUAUGAUAUUAACUGUUUGCAAAUGUAUGAUAAAUAAAUGGAGGGGUGUCAUCAUUGGCAGCCUUUGCUCUGUGCUUUGAUUGGCAGGGAUUCCAGCCUCAAACAUGAGGCCCGACGCUUGCUGCCCCCAAAGCUACGUCUGCUUGCACGGGGGUCCUCCAUGGGUCCUCCACAGGUCCUCCUCGAGGGGCCCGUCUCCUCACCUCAAUGGGAGCAAGUCUGGGUUCGUUCACCGGAGGACAUUCCCAGCUGCCCUGAGACGCUCCAUCUUGGUUUUGUGCUUCUUUGGAGUUCUGAAAAGUCCCGGUGUUUCCAAACUUGUUCCAGUUCCAAAUGAUGGAUCUCCUGGACCUUGGCACAGACUUGUGCGUGGAGACACUUGGCUAUCGGAGGUGUAGUAACCGCUCCUUUGACUUGGAGCUUGGUUUGUGCCCUGACUUCAAACCUACUGGUGGACUCCAGCAAGCGUCUUGCCCGGCCCCCGCCCCCCCUGCCCGCCCCCCCCAGCCGGCCCUGCCCAUGAACCGGCCUAAAGCAUCCCCAGUAUGUUCGCAGGCUCUGCUUGUGUGCGAGGAAACAUGAGCACGGCGGCGUAUUCAGAGUCCCGGGUGGAGCGCUGCAGGUCCCCGCAUAAAGCCGAGCAGGAGCCGGAGGUCCGCGAGUUUGGGCCGGGGACCUCCGGAGGGGAACACAUGAGCGGGGCAUGGGCCAGAGGACACUGGAUUACUGCUCUACACCGCGGACUGACUCAGGGGGAGGCCGACACCGGGGAGUCAGGCGCACACUGUGACGCACCCGUGGGGACUCUGUCGCUUUUGCGCCAUUCCGGGACUAUCUGGCCAAAGAUGAACACCAUCGUGUUCAACAAGCUGGGGGGCCAGGUCCUGUUUGAGGAGAAGGCCAACGAGGUGGAGAUGAGCAGCAGAAAUUACCUGGAAGUCAUGGACGGACAACAUCCAGACCUCCUCUCCGGCAACCAGGCAAUCCGGGACAACCAGGCCGUCCGGCACCGGCGGAACGGGGGUCGUCCCGGCGGCAGCAAAGUGCGGCAUAAGCGCCAGGCCCUGCAGGACAUGGCGCGGCCUCUCAAACAGUGGCUGUACAAGCACCGGGACAACCCCUACCCCACCAAGACGGAGAAGAUCCUGCUGGCUCUGGGGUCCCAGAUGACGCUGGUCCAGGUUUCCAAUUGGUUCGCCAACGCCAGGAGACGCCUGAAGAACACGGUGAGGCAGCCCGACCUGAGCUGGGCCCUCAGGAUCAAGCUGUACAACAAGUACGUGCAGGGCAACGCUGAGAGACUGAGCGUCAGCAGCGACGACAGCUGCUCAGACGAUGGGGAUAACCCUCAGAGAAGCCAGAGCGGCCCCGGGGAGCUCACCAAGCCCAUGUACCAGAGCGUCAUCAAGAAGGAGGGCUCGGCCAUGAUGGCCAUGGGAGCCGGCCUGCGCUCGGCCGCCGACGCGUCCUCUCUGGCGGACGACUACGUGUCCCCGCCCAAGUACAAGAGCAGCCUGCUGCACCGCUAUCUCAACGACUCGCUGCGCCACGUCAUGGUGGCCAACGCCGUCAUGGACGCUCGCAAGAGGAACCACUCGGGCUCCUUCAGCUCCAACGAGUACGACGACGAGCUGCUCUCGCCGACCUCCUCCGAGGCCGAGGCCAACUUUGUUUACCGGACUGAAACCACGGAUCAUGGAUCAAGUCGAUGUGACAACGUGGGCGCGGCACCCAGGGAGAAGGCGAAGGGCAAAGACGAGACGUACUGGAAGGAGAUCAACGCCGCCAUGGCCUUGACCAACUUGGCGCAGGGGAAGGACGGCGGCGCCGGGACCACCAGCUGCAUCAUCCAGAAGUCGUCCCACAUAGCCGAGAUCAAGACUGUUAAAGUUCCGCUGGGGCCCAAAUUUUAGCUCCGGGCUCGGCCUCCUCACUCUAUGCAAACGUUGGCGAGGACGCUUCCAAGACGUUUUUACUAUAAAUUAUUUCUAUUUUUAGGCCAAAUGUGCAUUUUGCCAAAGUGCCUUUGGAAGUGGAAUCCCGGAAGGCCGGAAAGGCCGUGGUCAUCGAACGCACACAAACAUGCCGUCGUUUUUCCUGAGCGCGUCCUCGCGUACGCUGAUGUGACGCGCCACCGUGAGCCACGCGCCGAUAAGCCGCCGCCGCGUCUCGUCCUUGGCUUGGAUUCCCUCAGCGACAACGUGCAGACGCCGAGUGAUGUCACGCUCUCACGUGCGCUUCCUCGUAUGCGUUCGGCCUCACGGACAAACUUGACACGCACCCCCCUCGGCGAGGAAGGGGUGUCUCUCUUUGGCUUUGCCAUCAAGGACGUUGCCCCCCCCCCAAGCCCUCCUCCCCCUUCUCUCUUGAAGAAUAGAGAAAGUUUCCUAGAAGCUUCAACCUUGACUUUCACUUUCCUUUCAUUCCGUCGGCACGUUGUUGCAGCCGAGGACGCUUCCGACGCUCCUGGUGCUUCUUAUCUCCUCCAUCAGCCUCCUGGUCUACACCUUCUUGGUCUGGGGGGUCCGGGGGGGUCAGCAAACUGGAGGCUUUGUUGUCCUUCCACAUCUUCAAGGUCGUUAAUGUACGCCAAGAUGGAGGAGUAUUCGGGUCACACUAAAUAUAAACAUAUCAAAACAUAAAUAUGCUGUACAUGUUUGAAGCCGUUAUUUUUAAAAUAUAUUUUUCUAUCAAAUACGUUUGUAUUUAAAUAAUAUUUCAUUUGCAAUGAGAAUGAAAUGAAAAUAUUUUCUUCUAAAAGUUGAAUCUCACUUUUAAACCUUUGGGACUAAUUUUUUUCCAUCUUUUAUUUCCAACGGUUAUCAUAUGAUCGUCAUUUGGACCAAAUGCCUUCCAAAGUCAACAAGGAAGGAAGGAAGGAAGGAAGGAAGGAAGGAUAUUAACCAAAGUCAUAAUCACGAGGUGGAUACGUUGUCAUCAACUUACAUUUAUUUUUAGGACUAAAAUGUACUUUGGAUAUCAUGUAUAUUUUUAAUCAUCAUAUGAGACCUUUUGAAAAAUAACCUAAUUUAAUAGUUCUGUUAAUCAUGUAUAAUAUUACUAAUCAUAAAUGCUCAAGUUUGACUAGAUGGCUAGAGAGGAAUGGUUCCAUCCGUAUAAAGAUUACUAGAGGUCUAGUGAGGAGGAAUGGUUCCAUCCAUUCUAGAUUACUAGAGGUCUAGUGAGGAGGAAUGGUUCCAUCCGUAUAAAGAUUACUAGAGGUCUAGUGAGGAGGAAUGGUUCCAUACGUAUAAAGAUUACUAGAGGUCUAGUGAGGAGGAAUGGUUCCAUCCAU